AUGUCCGUGUGCGAAUUGGAGGCCAGCCCAGAGGCAUGCGGCGGCGUUACGACACCGACGAGCUACGUGUUUGCGCGUGAUAAAAGUGUGACAACGGAUGAUUUUAACAAAUUUAAGGAAGAGAUCAGGGAAAUGGUGCAAUCUAUGUUGUCUACACAUAACGAAUUAAAAACAAUUACUCCUACACUGGUGGCAAUUCAACAAACUAAUCUUAAUAUUGAGAGCUCCAUAGCAUUUUUGACAAGCCAAAAUGCAGAAUUGAAAAAUAAAAUAGAACAGUUUGAAACACAAUCCAAAAAAGAUAGAGAGCACAUUGCGAUGUUGGAGGAUAGGGUGGAGGAAUUACAGAGAAAUUACAGGAAGAACAACCUCGAAAUUAAGAACGUACCGAAGACCAAAGACGAAACUAGGGACAGCUUAGUAAACAUGGUAUCUACCCUAUCGAAAAACAUUGGCUGUAAUGUAUUAAAAUCUGACAUAAAGGACAUCUACAGGAUAAAGAGCUCGCGAAGUGAUGCCAAGAAUACUUCAAUAAUAAUAGAAACUACAUCGACGCUCAUAAAAAAUGACUUCCUGAAAAUGUGCAAAUCACAUAAUGUCAAACGCAAGGAAAAACUGUGUGCCAAACAUUUGGGCUUUACUACAAACGAAGACACUCCCAUAUUCAUCUCGGAGCAGCUAACUGUUAAAGGAUCUCGCCUGUUCUUUUUGGCAAGAGAUCUGGCUAAGACAAAAUCCUACAAGUUUUGCUGGACCAGUUUUGGAAAGGUAUACGUCAGAAAAGAUGACAACACACCAAUAAUUCUCAUCAAGAAUGAAUCGCAAGUACAUCAUCUACUCCAUGGAGCAUGA